AUGACACCUCGAAGACCAAUACGAAUCGGCAACUGCUCUGGUGCCAUUAAUGAUGGAAUCGAUCAGAUAUACCGCCUCGCCAAAUACGGCAACGUAGACGCCAUUACAGCGGACUACCUCGCUGAGUUCAAUAUCGCAUGGAAGGCCAUCCAGAUCCAAACCCAGCCGGACCUUGGUUACGAGCCCAACUUUCUCGAUCAGCUCGCCUGGCACGACGGCGAUGCAGCGCGCCUUGUAGCGCAGAAGCGCAUCAAAAUCGUCCAUGACGGCGGAGCACUCAACCCGCAGGGUCUGGCUGAGAGGACAGACGCGCAGUUCAGGAGUCUAGGCAUUCAUGAUAUCAAAGUGGCCUGGGUAAGCGGCGACAACGUGACGGAGGCGGUCAAACGCGGUGCGUUCGGGCGAAUCAUGCACCUCGACCAGCCAGGCGUCGAGCUUGAUACGGCAUGUCAAGGUGGCGAUCUUCUUGCGGCCAACGCCUACACUGGCAUGGCGGGCAUUGUGCGCGCAUUGGAGUGCGGUGCCGAUGUUGUGGUGUGCGGGAGAUGCACCGAUGCGAGCCCCGUCAUGGGCCUUGCAGCCUGGUGGCAUGGAUGGAAGGGGACGGAAUACGACGCCCUUGCAGCGAGUCUCAUGGCGGGGCAUUUGAUUGAGUGUGGGCCGUACGUGACGGGCGGGAACUACUGCGGCCAGCGUGAAGUGCCGGCCCUCCACCAUGCCGGGUUCCCCAUUGCGGAGAUCGGAGUGGCCGGCGAGGUGCUCAUCACGAAACCGGGGGGUUCUAAUGGGCUGGUCUCUGUUGAUACCUGCAAGGCACAAUUGUUAUAUGAGAUACAAGGCGCAUACUACCUCAACCCGGAUGUCAUCGCCGACAUCGAGGGCGCGAUACUCACCCAGUUGGGCAACGAUUGUGUUCAGCUCUCAGGCGUCAAGGGUUUGCCGCCACCGCCGACCGUCAAGCUGGCCAUCUGUCUAUUAGGUGGUUACCAAGCCGAGAUAUCAGCAUAUGCAGUCGGGCUGGACAUGGAUUUCAAGUUGGAAGUACUGAAGAGUCAGGUUCUGGGACAGGUUAACCAGUCUGACUUUACAACGUUUAGCAUUGAGAAAUACGGCUCCUCAGCUACGGAUCCGCGAUCUCAAAAAGAAUGCACCACACAGUUCCGGAUGUUUGCCCAGUCGCGUAAGAAAGAAGCCUUUGAGCAAUUCGAAAGGGCAGUAUUUUACAACGGCUUGCAGGGCUAUUGUGGUCUUCAUCUGGGCAUGGACUGGAGGACUAUGGUGCCACGGCCCCCUGAUACCUCAGUCAACGAUCUCUCUGGCUAUUAA